CAAUUCUGUUUGUUGCCAAAGGAAUGUAAAGAAGAAACAAAAUGGAUCCAAAUAUGAGUAUGAAUUCUGUUACCAUUUCUGUUGAGGGUAUGACUUGCAAUUCCUGUGUUUGGACCAUUGAGCAGCAGAUUGGAAAAGUGAAUGGUGUGCAUCACAUUAAAGUAUCACUGGAAGAAAAAAAUGCAACUAUUAUUUAUGACCCUAAACUACAGACUCCAAAGACCCUGCAGGAAGCUAUUGAUGACAUGGGCUUUGAUGCCAUUCUCCAUAAUCCUGACCCUCUCCCUGUUUUAACUGACACCUUGUUUCUGACUGUUACUGCUUCACUGACUUUGCCAUGGGACCGUAUCCAAAGCACAUUACUCAAGACCAAGGGUGUGACAGACAUUAAAAUUUACCCUCAGCAAAGAACUCUAGCAGUGACAAUAAUCCCUUCUGUAGUAAGUGCCAAUCAGAUAAGAGAGCUGGUUCCGGAUCUCAGUUUAGAUACUGGAACACUGGAGAAAAAGUCAGGAGCUUGUGAAGAUCAUAGUAUGGCUCAAGUUGGUGAAGUCAUGCUGAAGAUGAAAGUGGAAGGGAUGACCUGCCAUUCAUGUACUAGCACCAUUGAAGGAAAAAUUGGGAAACUGCAAGGUGUUCAGCGAAUUAAAGUCUCCCUGGACAAUCAAGAAGCUACUAUUGUUUAUCAACCUCAUCUUAUCUCAGUAGAGGAAAUGAAAAAGCAGAUUGAAGCUAUGGGCUUUCCAGCAUUCGUCAAAAAGCAGCCCAAGUACCUCAGAUUGGGAGCUAUUGAUGUACAGCGUCUAAAAAACACACCAGUUAAAUCUUCAGAAGGAUCACAGCAAAGGAGUCCAUCAUAUACAAAUGAUUCAACAGCCACUUUCAUCAUUGAUGGCAUGCAUUGUAAAUCAUGUGUGUCAAAUAUUGAAAGUGCUUUAUCUACACUCCAGUAUGUAAGCAGCAUAGUAGUUUCUUUAGAGAAUAGGUCUGCCAUUGUAAAGUAUAAUGCAAGCUCAAUCACUCCAGAAUGCCUGAGAAAAGCAAUAGAGGACGUAUCACCAGGGCAAUAUAGAGUUAGUAUCUCAAGUGAAUUUGAGAGUACCUCAAACUCUCCCUCCAGCUCAUCUCUUCAGAAGAUUCCUUUGAAUGUAGUUAGCCAGCCUCUGACACAAGAAACUGUGAUAAACAUUGAUGGCAUGACUUGUAAUUCCUGUGUGCAGUCUAUUGAGGGUGUCAUAUCAAAAAAGCCAGGUGUAAAAUACAUACGAGUCUCCCUUGCAAAUAGCAAUGGGACUGUUGAGUAUGAUCCUCUACUAACCUCUCCAGAAACCUUGAGAGAAGCAAUAGAAGACAUGGGAUUUGAUGCUACCUUGUCAGACAUGAAUGAGCCGUUGGUAGUAAUAGCUCAGCCUUCAUCAGAAACGCUGCUUUUGACUUCAACUAAUGAAUUUUAUGCUAAAGGGAUGACACCAGUUCAAGACAAGGAGGAAGCAAAGACUUCAUCUAAAUGUUACAUACAAGUCACUGGCAUGACUUGCGCUUCUUGUGUAGCAAACAUUGAACGGAAUUUAAGGCGAGAAGAAGGAAUAUAUUCCAUACUUGUGGCUCUGAUGGCUGGCAAGGCAGAAGUAAGGUAUAAUCCUACUGUUAUACAACCGCCAACGAUAGCAGAGUUCAUCCGAGAGCUUGGAUUUGGAGCCACUGUGAUAGAAAAUGCUGAUGAAGGAGAUGGUGUUCUAGAACUUGUUGUGAGAGGAAUGACGUGUGCCUCCUGCGUACAUAAAAUAGAGUCUACUCUCACUAAACACAGAGGGAUCUUAUACUGCUCUGUGGCCCUGGCAACCAACAAAGCACAUAUUAAAUAUGACCCUGAAAUUAUUGGUCCCAGAGAUAUUAUCCAUACAAUUGAAAGCUUAGGCUUUGAAGCUUCUUUGGUCAAGAAGGAUCGGUCAGCAAGUCACCUAGAUCAUAAACGAGAAAUAAGACAAUGGAGACGGUCUUUUCUUGUGAGUCUGUUUUUUUGUAUUCCUGUAAUGGGGCUGAUGAUAUAUAUGAUGGUUAUGGACCACCACUUUGCAACUCUUCACCAUAAUCAAAACAUGAGUAAAGAAGAAAUGAUCAACUUUCAUUCUUCUAUGUUCCUGGAGCGCCAGAUUCUGCCAGGAUUGUCCAUUAUGAAUUUGCUGUCCUUUUUAUUGUGUGUACCUGUACAGUUUUUCGGAGGCUGGUACUUCUACAUUCAGGCUUAUAAAGCACUGAAGCACAAGACAGCAAAUAUGGACGUACUGAUUGUGCUGGCAACCACCAUUGCAUUUGCUUACUCUUUGGUUAUUCUUCUAGUUGCAAUGUAUGAGAGAGCCAAAGUGAACCCUAUUACUUUCUUUGACACACCUCCUAUGCUAUUUGUGUUUAUUGCACUAGGCCGAUGGCUGGAACAUAUAGCAAAGGGCAAAACAUCAGAGGCUCUUGCAAAACUAAUUUCACUACAAGCUACAGAAGCAACUAUUGUAACUCUUGAUUCUGAUAAUAUCCUCCUGAGUGAAGAACAAGUGGAUGUGGAACUUGUACAACGUGGAGACAUCAUUAAAGUGGUUCCAGGAGGCAAAUUUCCAGUUGAUGGUCGUGUUAUUGAAGGACAUUCUAUGGUAGAUGAGUCCCUCAUCACAGGGGAGGCAAUGCCUGUGGCUAAGAAACCUGGCAGCACAGUGAUUGCUGGUUCCAUUAACCAGAACGGGUCACUGCUUGUCCGUGCAACUCAUGUUGGAGCAGAUACAACCCUUUCUCAAAUUGUCAAACUUGUGGAAGAGGCACAAACAUCAAAGGCUCCUAUCCAGCAGUUUGCAGACAAACUCAGUGGCUAUUUUGUUCCUUUUAUUGUUUUUGUUUCCAUUGCCACCCUCUUGGUAUGGAUUGUAAUUGGAUUUCUGAAUUUUGAAAUUGUGGAAACCUACUUUCCUGGCUACAAUAGAAGUAUCUCCCGAACAGAAACGAUACUACGAUUUGCUUUCCAAGCCUCUAUCACAGUUCUGUGUAUUGCAUGUCCCUGUUCACUGGGACUGGCCACUCCAACUGCUGUGAUGGUGGGUACAGGAGUAGGUGCUCAAAAUGGCAUACUAAUAAAAGGCGGAGAGCCAUUGGAGAUGGCUCAUAAGGUAAAGGUAGUGGUAUUUGAUAAGACUGGAACCAUUACUCAUGGAACCCCGGUAGUGAAUCAAGUAAAGGUUCUAACAGAAAGUAACAGGAUAUCACAGCAUAAAAUCUUGGCCAUUGUGGGAACUGCUGAAAGUAACAGUGAACACCCUCUAGGAGCAGCGAUAACCAAAUACUGCAAACAGGAGCUGGACACUGAAACCUUGGGUACCUGCAUAGAUUUCCAGGUUGUGCCAGGCUGUGGUAUUAGCUGUAAAGUCACAAAUAUUGAAGGCUUGCUACAUAAGGAUAACUGGAAGAUAGAGGACAAUAAUAUUAAAAAUGCAUCCCUGGUUCAAAUUGAUGCCAGUAAUGAACAGUCAUCAACUUCGUCUUCCAUGAUUAUUGAUGCCCAGAUCUCAAAUGCUCUUAAUACUCAGCAGUAUAAAGUCCUCAUUGGUAACCGGGAGUGGAUGAUUAGAAAUGGUCUGGUCAUUAAUAACUAUGUAGAUGACUUCAUGACUGAACAUGAGAGAAAAGGUCGAACUGCUGUAUUAGUAGCAGUUGAUGAUGAGCUAUGUGGCUUGAUAGCCAUUGCAGACACAGUGAAGCCUGAAGCAGAACUGGCUGUCCAUAUUCUGAAAUCUAUGGGCUUAGAAGUAGUUCUGAUGACUGGAGACAACAGUAAAACAGCUAGAUCUAUUGCUUCUCAGGUUGGCAUUACCAAGGUGUUUGCUGAAGUUCUACCUUCUCACAAGGUUGCUAAAGUGAAGCAACUUCAAGAGGAGGGGAAACGGGUAGCAAUGGUGGGAGAUGGAAUCAAUGACUCCCCGGCUCUGGCAAUGGCUAAUGUGGGAAUUGCCAUUGGCACAGGCACAGAUGUAGCCAUUGAAGCAGCUGAUGUGGUUUUGAUAAGGAAUGAUCUUCUGGAUGUAGUGGCAAGUAUCGACUUAUCAAGAAAGACAGUUAAGAGGAUUCGGAUAAAUUUUGUCUUUGCUCUAAUUUAUAAUCUGGUUGGAAUUCCCAUAGCUGCUGGUAUGUGACUCUUAACUAGUAUCGCUUUUUCCACUGAAAUCAUUAGAGACCUAACAUAUUGGAAGCCUGUUUUCUUCUUCUUAGUUUUGAGCUUAGUUUUUGUUUGUAGCCUGCUGGCAUGGUAAGAGGUAAUGUUAAAAUCAAUCAUUUUAAUUUUCAGUAAUGUUUGUCAUAGCUUAAGAAUAUAUAAGCAUUCUGACAGAUUUUUUCCCCUCUAACUUUUUUGUUUGUUUGUUCUGAGAUGGAGUCUUG